AUUAUGCCAUAACAUUGGCAUGUUAUAAAAAGUUAUAAACGCGUUGCCCUGUAUUCACACUGAACCUGUCUGUUGACAAGCUGUGUGACCAUGGAGCUUUGGUACCUCGCACUGAUGCUUGUAGCUGCUUGUGUUCAUGUACACGCGCAGACUGGGGAUGAUUCCUCCUGCUAUUAUGAGGAUGCCGGCGAUUGGUCCGCGUGUUCUCCAAGAACUAAACAGCAGACCAUGGACCAGUUUUUUGUUGGUGGAGAAGGAUCCUGCCCAAAAAAGAAAACCAAAAGCAGGCAAUGCACACCGAAAGAAGAAGGUGGACAUAAAAGGAGUGAUGAGGAUGAUGAAGUUACUGGAGAAUAUAGAGGUGCAAGAGGCAGGAUGCAAAAAGUACAAAGCCAACAUGAUGAGGAAGAAGGUGUAGAAGGCAGGGAGAAAAAAGGUCAAAGGCGUCAUUGGUCCAUGCCGAGAAAACGCCGUAGACACGGUGGAUUUGGUGGUGGUAAACAUGGUAACCGUGGUGGUGGUGGUGGUAAACAUGGUAACCGUGGUGGUGGUGGUGGUAAACAUGGUGAUGGUGGAUUUGGUGGUGGUAAACAUGAUAAACGUGUUGGCGGUGGUAAACAUGGUAAACGUGAUGGUGGUGGCCUUGAGUUUUUUGGUGGUCUAUUUGGUAGUAUAUUAGGUGUUGGUGAAUUUGGUGAUGGUGGUAGACGUGGUGAACGUGGUGACGGUGGAUUUGGAGGUGGUGGAUUUGGUGGUGGUAGAAGUGGUAAACGUGGUGAUGGUGGAUUUGGAGGUGGUGGAUUUGGUGGUGGUAGAAGUGGUAAACGUGGUGAUGGUGGAUUUGGAGGUGGUGGAUUUGGUGGUGGUAGACGCGGUAAACGUGGUGACGGUGGAUUUGGAGGUGAUGGAUUUGGUGGUGGUAGAAGUGGUAAACGUGGUGACGGUGGAUUUGGAGGUGGUGGAUUUGGUGGUGGUAGAAUAGGUAAACGUGGUGAUGGUGGAAUUGUUCCUACUCCACUCUGA